UGGAAUGUGAGAAUUUGUCUAGAAAAAGCUGGAAAUUGCGUUUCCUGGAGGAAUUGCUAACUUUAGAAAGGAAGGAAAGUCACUAUAAUGUGAUGAAAAGAGAUGAAUACGAUAAGUUAUUAGCGGAGACUGAAGAAGCUAAAGCUGCAAUAAAGAAGACGCCUUUGCAAUACCGAAGAGUUAAAAGAUUUGAUGUUUUUGAAAUCGGUGGAACGAAAAAGUUGAUUUCAAAAGACGAACCAGUCAAGUAUUAUUUGCCAGCAGAAGAAAUAUACGACGUCAUAGAAAGUGCGCAUAUAGCUGUAGGACAUGGAGGUCGAGACAGAAUGAAGAAGGAAACAUCGAGGAAAUACGCCAAUAUAACUAAUGAAAUGAUAAAUAUUUUUUUGUCAAUGUGCGAAACUUGUCAACAAAAAAGAAGCAAGCGCAAGAAAGGUUUGGUUUCUAAGCCGAUCCUUCACUCAGAAAUGAAUAGCCGUUGUCAAGUAGAUUUAAUCGACAUGCAAUCUCAGGCUGAUGAACAAUUUAAAUUUAUUAUGGUUUACCAAGACCAUUUAACGAAAUUUAUCUUACUGCGAGCGCUCCAGAGCAAAAGAGCUGAAGAAGUUGCUUUGCAACUUACUGAUAUUUUUUUGACAUUUGGAGCUCCCUGUAUUUUACACUCUGAUAAUGGUAGAGAAUUUGUCAAUUCUGUCAUAGAAGAGUUAUUUACAUAUUGGCCGGAGUUAAAAAUUGUUCACGGAAAGCCAAGACAUAGCCAAAGUCAGGGUUCAGUUGAAAGAGCCAACCAGGACAUAGAAAACAUGUUGGCUUCAUGGCUGAAAGACAACAAUACCACCAAAUGGUCGAAUGGUCUUAAAUUUGUACAAUUUAUGAAAAAUAGAGCACUUCAUUUUGGAAUCAAACAAUCACCUUAUAAAGCAAUGUUUGGAAUUGAACCAAGAGUUGGACUGACGACAUCAUCAUUGCCAUCUGAUAUGAUUACAAAUAUCCAUGAUGAAAAUGACCUUCAGAACAUAAUCGAGCAGAUGAAUACAGAGCACGAGGAAACUGAAAUAGUUGAAGAAGUACAAGAAGAUGAAGCGGAGGCGAUGCUAACUACAAUAUCGUCAAACAUCUCCUUAGCCAGGAAGGAAGCCAAAGAAAAUUUGGAGAAACAGGCCAAAAGAAUGCAAUUGAUUUCCGAUGCAACUCAUUCUCCGGUUGAUAUAGGAGCUAAUAUCAUUAUACCCAUUCCAGAUGUUGACAGAGGAAAGGCAGACUUACGAAAUCUCAUAGGUAUCGUUCUUGAAAGAAAUGAAGAUGGAUUAUACAAAAUUGGCACAAAGGACGGAAUUCUAAAUAAAUUAUAUUGCAGGUAAGUUUGGUGAAUUUCCAAGCCGAUUAAUAAUUCAGAAAAUAUGUUACAUUAAUAUUUUUUUCAGAUCUGAAUUUGAUAUAUCUCCUCAAAUAUUCUUGACUCAAGAACAAGUGCCGAAACAGGAAAUUUCCUUGAGAACUGCAGCUAGAAAAGGCGCCGUUGGUACAGGACAAGGCUUUGUCCGCUGUGCUUGCACAAAAAAUUGUACUUCAAAGCGUUGCUUUUGUAUGAAAAAGGGCAAUCUUUGCAACUUCUCUAAAUGCCAUAACAGUAUGCCUUGUAAGAAUAAGUAGUUUUUGAGCUAUAUAAAUCUAUUUUCUAAUUUCUAAUUUCAUCCAGUUAUUCGUAGCAUUUAGUUUUAAAGGUGAAAGAUACAGUAUUAUAUAAAAAAAUAUUAUUAUUAGGUAUUAUUACUUAUUAAGUUUUUUACUUAUAAUAUUAUUACUUAUAUUACCUAUUACUUAUAUUAUAUUAUUACUUAUAAUAUUAUUACUUAUAUAAUUACUUUAAUUAAAAUUUUAACUUCACUGACAAUUUAUUUUAUAAAAAUUUUGUUUGAAAUGUUUCUCUUCUCUCCUAUAUAAUCAACAUAAUAAAAAUGUUUGUUACGGUAUAAGUUACAAAACCAAUAUAACCUGACUGAAAUGAUAAUAAACAUCAUCAAUCAGCAUUAUUUCAAUAUAAUUAUAACGCAAGAAUCUUAAUUUUUAUUUUGUGAAUAUUAUACAUAUAUGUGUUACGCCCAAACACUGAAAGGCGACACGUUAGAAUGCGAAUUCACUAAGAGCAAUCAGUCAAUUCUAGUUUUAACCGAAUUGUUUCAGUUAAAACGCGAAUUUACUAAAGCGGUCAGUCAAUUCUAGUUUUAACUGAAUUGUUUCAGUUAAAACGCGAAUUUACUAAAGCACUCGGUCAAUUCUAGUUUUGACUAAAUUAUUUCAGUUAGAACGCGAAUGUACUAAAGCACUCGGUCAAUUCUAGUUUUGACUACAUUAUUUCAGUUAGAACGCGAAUUGCCGAGCUGGCUUAGUUAAAACUAGAAUUUACCAGUAAAUUCUGGUUUUGACGG